UGAAAAUAGGAAGAGAACACGUAGCUGUCUUCGUGAAGGCCGUAUUGUUUAAUUUUGUUUAUACAGUGUCAAACCCUCUGAUAUAUAUUGUAUAUAUAAUAUGCAAAUUAAACAAUGCGGCAUUCACGAGGACAGCUGCGUGUUUGUUCUCUUCCUAUUUUCCAAAUGCUGCCUGUAACUACGACAACAACGGACGCAUUUGGCUGAAAGUCGCCAGAUAAACCGUAACACCGAACGACUCGUUUUUUGACAGCGUAGCUUAAACCGAUACUUUCCCACCAAUUUGUCGGCACUCUUUUGUAGGACAUUAAUAUGAGUUAAAACACAUAGUGUAGCGCUCCUGUAGAUUUAUGCACACGGGACCCGUGGAGAAAACCAAAAAGGGGGUUGCAAUCAUGUGCAAGACGCGCGAGCUAACACGCUAGCAAUGAUAACUGUAUUUUGGGUUUGCUGAUGUUAAAUAGUCCGCUGAUUUGUCUGAACGCUAACACGCUCACGAUGACCAGUGGCCCAGUGCCUGAAGGUAUGCGAAGACUCUCCGGGGACAGAUUUAAAGAGGAGUGCGUGAUAAGGAAAGUAACGUUACCGCGGAUGUGAUUUCGAGCAUGGGGUUUAUUUACAACUAAGAUACUCGUAGUAGAGGAUAUACGCGUUGUGUUUUCUCCCUCGAAUGACUACAUUCGCUCUGUUCGGCUGCUUCAAGCACGGCCGCCGGUGAUGUUGGCGACCGUCGGCCAAAACCCGCCCCGGUUCUCCGAAUUGGGACCGAGCAGCCAAACUUCAUCGUGAAACCAUGAAGAACUGCGAGUAUCAACAAAUCGACCCCCGGGCACUCCCGACGCCGACGCCGAUCCCUCCGCCUCACCUCGGACCCGAAAGCGACAAGAGAGAGGAGCCGAAAGGACCGAGGAGAAAGUGGCAAGUUUUUCCGGGAAAGAAUCGCUUCUACUGCGAUGGACGGAUCAUAGUGGCCCGGCAGAGUGGGGUCCUGCCCCUCACCCUGGGCCUUAUCCUCAUCACGAGUGGAUUAUUCUUUAUAUUUGACUGUCCCUUCCUGGUCAAACACCUGACCAGCUGCAUACCUGUUAUUGGAGGAGGCCUCUUUGUAUUUGUGGUCAUCACCUUGCUCCAGACCAGCCUCACUGACCCUGGCAUCCUGCCCAGAGCAACACCAGAUGAGGCUGCAGACAUUGAAAAACAGAUUGACAACACUGGAAACACCAGUUAUCGGCCUCCACCACGCACCAAGGAAGUCCUCAUCAACCAGCAGGUGGUGAAGCUCAAGUACUGCUUCACCUGCAAGAUGUUCCGUCCUCCGCGCACCUCCCACUGUAGCCUGUGUGACAACUGUGUGGAGCGAUUCGACCAUCACUGCCCUUGGGUGGGUAACUGUGUGGGGAAACGCAACUACCGCUUCUUCUACACCUUCAUUGUGUCGCUCUCCUUCCUGACGGCAUUCAUCUUCGGCUGUGUGACCACACAUCUAGCACUAAGGGCUCAAGGUGGAAAAGGCCUGGUGUUUGCUCUGCAAGAGAGUCCGGGCAGUGCAGUGGAGCUGGUGAUAUGUUUCUUCUCAGUCUGGUCCAUCUUGGGCCUCUCGGGCUUCCAUACUUACCUGGUUGCUUCCAACCUGACCACUAAUGAAGAUAUUAAAGGCUCCUGGUCAGGGAAGAGUGGAGAAGAUGUCACCAACCCAUACAGUCAUAAAAACAUAUUUAUCAACUGUUGUUCUGUGCUCUGUGGACCCAUGUCACCCAGCUUGAUCGACAGACGAGGUUUCCUGCCCGGGGAUGAAUCUGUCCAGACAGCGGGUGUGGACAUCGAGCUGCCCACUCUGGCCACUAGAAACGUGUGCACACAGGGUCUGCUGGAGUCGGCCGCGAUCCCUCCGCUCCUGUCCACCUCGUGUCCUCAGGGGAAACCUCACUCGGCUCAUACCGGCCGAGACGACGGCCCGGCGGUGAACUCUGACCCUUCGUCGGAGCUCUCCGCGAGAUGUGGGGCCCGCCACGCUGCUGGCUCCCGAGGCGAUACCUCUGCGCCACGUCACGCCAAGACUCGGUUAAAGAAAAGCAAACGAGCGGCGUUGCAUAUUGCCAACCCUUCCUUCGACGUCCCCGUUUCCCCUACCUCUCCGGACGCUGGCCCCGGCUCCAAAGCCGGGGGCCACGAAGGUGCCAGUUUCGCCUCUUUGCACUGACUGAAAUGAGAGCGAUCUCCAACGAAAGUGCACAUUGUUUGAAGCUUGCAUGCUGUAACACCGAUACAAGUGGUAUGAGUUCAAAAAGAUGUAUUAUUUGUUGGUUCUCUGGAUCUUGUCAUUGUGGAUGAGGAUGACAAUCACUGAGAUAUGUAUUUGUGUGUUCAAUUUGUAGUGGAAGUAGCAACACUAGAGCAGAUUGGAUGUAUAAACUUAGCCUUUGGUGUAGAAGGAAAAGCACAUAAAAAGAUGUUCAAGAUGGUGUAACUGGUGUACUGAUAGACCCAUAUGCCUUUCUGAUGAUUCUCAUGUAAAACAUGAAUUUUACCAGCAUGUCAGAUCCAUCAUAUUGUGAACUAGUAGUGGCUUUGAUGUAUCAGGUGGACAACUUUGUUUGGUCUUAAAGGGAAAAUCUAUUGCAAAUGCUGAAUUGACAUAUGCCAUUUCUAUAACAUUUUGCAGCUCAGUUUAUUGUGUGAACUUGAGCCAGUUUCUCCUUAAGUUGAACAGUAGAGAGGCAGUUUGUGCUGAUGAACAGGUCAUGAGACUGUGACAGCAACCGUGGAGCAUUUUCAAGGAUAUGAGGACAUUUCUGCAAUUCAUAAUGGAAAUCUCUGCAUUCAAAUCAAACUAUGGAUGCACAGAUGGGUGAUACAUUAAUGCUCAUACAGCUCAUUUUCCCCCCUGGGCCCCUUUAGCAGGUUAAUCCGGCUCCGAGAGGAGAGCAAUAUCUAACACAUUGCUCAAAAAUGUCCAAAAGGUGAUCAGUUGGGUUUGCGAUCUAAUGACUGUGAAUUAAUAGCAUACAUCUGCAUUAAUUUCUCAAAUUUGUAUUUAUUGCCCAUCUGUAAUAUCUCAAAGAAAGAUUAAUGAGUCCUUUGCAGCCCCGCAGUCGCCAGGAUAAAAAUAUUGGUAUUGUAUUUCAAACUAAUACAGGACUUUCACCCAGCAGACUGCCGUUCGUGUCCCAUGUGAAACCAAAAGUAAAUAUUGACUUCACCCCCGUGUUCCGUAAUGUUACAAAAGAAAGUCCGCUCAUGGCACGUGACUUCUGAUUUUGUGUGGAUUUUCCCUUUAACUUUGCCCAUUCAGCACAGUGUGUAUUAGUUGUAUCAGUUUGUAUUGUUGUUCAGAUUGUUGUGCCGUAUAAAUGGCAGUGAAUUGAACUGCAUGAUAUUGACUAACGAUGUAUUUUCAAUUUAGUUUAUUUACAUGGAUUCAAACAUCCUUUUACACACCUGAGAGAUCCUGUAGCACUAUUUUGUAGGAAAACUGGGAUUUGGAGUCCUGAACAUAGUUGUGUACGUGAACUGAAGCGGCACUGUCCAUUGCUUGUGUGCUGCACCACCUCCUGCUUAUGCUAUCAUUAAUAUCACCCAACGAUUUAAAGCUUCCACGUCCUGCUCACACUUUGUAUAUGCAACAGCAAAUAUCUGCUCUCUCCUCCGUAAAAUUGUUUGCUUCGACUAAUCUAAGAAUGUGAACGGUGAUUUGUUCUCAGGUGGAAAUGUGUAGGGGGGUAGGUAUCAAUAUGCAAGUUAUUUAUGUGACAUAUCAUGUUGACCCUCAGUACAACCUGAUGCCAAUAGCUGCACAAAAAUGCAAUGAUAUGAGCAAUCAUCCUCAUGCACUAAAAGUAGACACACACAGACACACACACACACACACACACACACACCUAAAUAAUGCUAACAUUGAGCAGCAUUACAUGUGCCGUAUUCUCUGAGUCACCCAAGCACAUUCAUGAUGUCACACACACACAAGUAAUGCAUUUCGGAGGAGAAAAACAAUGUACUAUACUUGUACAAAGGUUAAGGUUAUUUAAGACAAUGCUGCCGUCGAAGUAAAGGAAAAGGAAAAUAAAGUUCAGUG